UUUCGCCUCGAGCCAGCAAUAAAAUCACCGAUGAAAUCGCCAUUACUAGACCGCACAGCGCUAUCACCAUCACUGCAUCAACAAACACACUACCCACAAAUUUCAUCCCACCGGCGACGGCAGACGCCACCACGCUUUCUACACCAUCACUUACAACAUCACCAGCGUACCAGCCAACAGCUGCAGUCUCGUUACAGGCAGCCACCAGCGCCACUUCUACUUUUAUACCCAGACAUUCGUACGCCGCAUCUGCGCCUGCCACCAGCGCCGCCUCAACAACGGUAACAUUUAAUCCAACAGUUACCACUUUCACCGCCCGCUGGACGCACAAUUCCAGCAGCGAAAGUAGCGGCAGCGCCAAAUCGUCCUUUUCCUCCUCAACUUAUUCCUCAGCUCUAUCGGAGCCGCCAACUGCGGCGGCUGCAAAAGCGGCAGAGGCUCCUACAGGAACUUCAACAGUUAAAAGUUCGGCAUCUGCUGCAAAGCGCAAAGGUAUUGCCACGCAUCAUAAGUCUCCGGCCAACGCAGCUGGUUCGUUUGUGGUUAAAUGUCUGCUAAAAACGGUGCGUUUUAUGUGGCAGGUCACAGAGAUACCGAUGAAAAUCGGCGAGACACUCGGCACCAUAUACAGAUAUGCACACGACUCGGUCGAGACAAUACUCUGCGUAGCUGGAAAGGCGCGUCGUAAAGAGCGCGAUGGUGAUCAAAAUUCAACAGAUACCAAAUUAUAUUUGGAGGAGAGCGUUUUAGAACGUAAGCUACCUGAAGCCGAUCUCAAAGCCUUAGUGGAUCUUCCAGCUGGCUUGGACUAUAAUGAAUGGCUAGCGUCACACAGUAAGUUGAAGAGAAAAAAACAAACUUUUUAUUACAGUUUUAAACAGCUAAGAAAGUCUUAAGAAUUACCGAUAGUAACUAGGGUG